CCGCAGUUUCAAUAAUAAAGUUGAAUAACUAAUUAAUGUAGGAUAUACAAUACUGACUAAGCGUACAAACCACCAAGCAGACGUGAUGCGUCAAUUAUGGUGUGUGGCUUUCAUUGUUUUAGCGUUACCGUCAUCACAAGGAUUCAACGAUAUACUAAACCGCAAUCGCAGAAUGGAUGGUUGGUACAAUAAUCUUGACCACCCACAAUGGGGUUCACCAGGCGAACGUAUGAUCCGUCGUUCAACCAACGGGUAUUCCAACGGCAUCAACAAACCAAUAGAAGAUGGCUUACCAAACCCACACACCCUAAGUCGUUUGCUGAUGCGUGGCGAAUCUGGGAUUCCGUCGGUGACCGGAAAAUCAGUUUUUCUAGCAUUUUUCGGUCAACAUGUGGGCGAUGACAUGAUUGACAGCAGAAGAAACGCUUGUCCGAGUGAAUACAUCAACAUUGAGAUAGAGGAAAACAAAGAAAGCAACAACCACAUACUACCCAUGUAUAGAUCGAAGUUUAUUACGGGUAGCGGGUCGUCUGUUAAUUCACCGAGGAUGCUGGUAAACGAGGCGACGUCGUGGCUUGACGGUAGCGUGAUAUAUGGCAACAGUCACUCGUGGUCGGAGCAUUUGAGGUCAUUUGAGAGGGGUCGUUUAAAAGAAGAAGACGGUCACCCGGGAUACCCAUCGUUUAAUAGAAACGAGAUUCCAUUAUACAACCCGACUAUUGACCUUAAACGGCCACCGAAGACACGAAACCCUGAAGAACUACUUAGUUUCGGUAACCCCCGAGGUAAUGAAAACCCAUUUCUGAUGACGAUUGAAAUUAUUUGGUUUCGAUGGCACAACCAUUUAGCGGAAAAGAUUGCAGUCCAGAACCCGGACUGGUCUGACCAGCAGAUUUUCGACAAAGCAAGAAAAUGGACGAUUGCCACUUAUCAGAACAUCGCUUUCUACGAAUGGUUGCCGGAAAUCAUAGGGACUUCUCCACCGCCAUAUCGGGAAUACAACAAAUUCAUGCUGCCUAGCGUGUCUGUCGAAUUCUCAAUCGCCGCGAUGCGACUUGGUCACAGUUUGGUGCCAAGCGGGGUGGUGCUGCGACAACCUGACUGCAGCCCUAUCGACCCAUUACCAGAGGAUUAUUUGGCUUCUGCCGGGGAGCCUGCAUUGCGACUUUGCAACACUUAUUGGCAGUUACAGGACGCAUUGCUGGAUCUGGGAAUCGAGGGAAUAGUUCUCGGUAUGACAUCACAGAACGCCGAAGAAGAAGACGCAGUGGUGGUGGACGACCUGGCAGGUUUCUUGUACGGUCCACUUAAACGCACACGAAUGGAUUUGGAAGCCAUGACAAUACAAAGGGGCAGAGACGCCGGUUUACAAAGAUACAAUGAAGUUCGAAAAACCUACGACCUUCCCCCAAUAACAGACUUCUCACAAUUAAACCCAAGUUUACCCAACGAGGUGAUCGCAAGACUAAGAAAUGCUUAUAACAACGAUACCAACAAGCUGGAGUUGUACGUGGCUGGAAUGAUGGAAGAUCGAAGUAACGCAAGCAACGUUUUGUUUUAUAAGAUUAUUUUGGAGCAGUUUCAACGCACGAGAGACGGGGAUAGACUAUGGUUUGAAAACGCUCAAAAUGGACUUUUCAACGCAAGCGAAUUGCAAGAAAUAAGACAAACGACAAUGAGGGAUAUUAUAGCUGCCACUACAACUUUUAACAGAAGCUUGUUUCAGCCGAACGUUUUUAACACUGCAGGGUCUCGAUGCGCGUCUAUAACUGUUAGAAAAGAUAUGUUCAGCAAAUCCUGUACACCCAACACGGGAAUUGAUUUCUUUUAUGGAUACUGGGGGAAAUAUGCAGGAAUAGUCGUUCUUUUGCUUCUAUUUCCAUUUGUAUCCUACUUCGUUAUGUGUAUGAUUGCAUGGAAGAGACAAUACGAUCUGGCAAAAGCUAAGAAGAUAGCCACACAGAAGGUCACACGACGAAAGUCCUCUUCUCAGAAUGAGGCGGAGAUAGAGAGUGAAGACGGAGCUGUGUUUUCAGCAUUUGAGGUUGAGGGUCAGGAUAAAUCAAGAAGAGUAGUUGUUAUGUUGGAAGGUACAUGCAUCAAGCUAUUCAGCAGUGCAGGGAGAGAGCUACGGAAAAUCUGCUUUUCUCAUUUUAAGAAAUCAUUUCUGUUUAUGUCUCGGAACAAAAGGAAAGAUUUAAUUGUAAUAAGAGUGCCAAAAGAAUACGAUGUGGUGUUAAGGUUUAAUGACUCUCUAGAGAGGGUGGAAGCAAUAAAGAAUGUACAAGAGUUCAUGCAACAUAAUGGUGUGAAUGUUGAUGUGUUCGAGAUGGACGAAUCCGCAUUAAAAGAAGAAGCAGUCACAAAAGAAGCAAGACAAGCUCUUCUGGAGACAUUUUUGAGACAAACUUUUGCCGAGGCAUUAAACAUCGAUGAUGCUGUUGAACAAAAUUCGAAAGCCAAGUACAGACAUAAAACAAUGGAGGUUGCCGAUUGUGAACUAACCCAGAUGGAGCUGGCUGAAACGAUGGGAAUGAAACCAGACUCUCUCUUUGUGACUCAAAUGUUUCAACUUGCAGAUACAGACCACAGUGGAUACCUCUCUUUUAGAGAAUUUGCUGAUCUCAUCAUAUUACUUAUGAAUGGGUCACCAGAGCAGAAGGCGAAGAUGUUGUUUGAUAUGUAUGAUGUUGACCAUAGUGGAGAGAUCAACAGAGAGGAAGGAAGAAACAUGAUCAAAUCCUUCUUGGAGAUGGCUGGUGCUAAUCUUGGUCCUGAUGAAGUUUCAGCAGCAGUAUCUACCAUAUUUAAAGAGGCGGGAAUUGGGGAGAACAAGGACUCACUUACACUUGAGGAUUUCACUUAUGUCCUCUUAAAAGAUCAUAGAGAAGCUUUUGAAAGUUCAGAACUUUCAAUGCCAGGAAUUACAAAAUCACUGAAAAAGAAAAUGAAUCACCAAGCACACCAUGCAUCACCAAUGAUAAGAAGACAGGAUACAUAUGGAACUUCUUCAGAAGAGGUCAAUGGAACUGAGAUUAGACAGCGAGUAACAAGCAACUCUGACACAAAGGAAGGAAAGUCCAAUGGCAAAGUGUUUUCUGAUGCAACAGUCUCGCAUGAGGAGAAAACAUGGUUUGCACGAACAUGGAAAUAUUUGAAAAGAAAUGUAGAAAAUUAUCGACGCCAUAUAUUCUGUAUGGUUAUAUUUUAUGGAAUCACUAUUGCACUAUUAGUGGAACGGGCAACCUUACACGCUUAUGGAGCGCAACACAUUGGCAUCCGAAGAGUAACAGAAUGGGGCAUUAUCAUCAGUAGAGCAUCAGCUGCAGCUAUUAGCUUCCACUUCAGAUCUAUUCUGCUUACGAUGUCACGAAAUCUGAUCGCAACUUGUCGUGAAACUUUACUAAAGAACUUAAUUCCAUUUGACUCAGCAGUUGCCUUCCAUAAGCAGAUUGCAUAUGUGGCACUUGUGGAAACAAUUUUUCAUGUUCUUGGCCAUGCAUCCAACUUUUACCACUUCUGUGUUCACCCACUGCCAGUGCUUGCGUGCCUCUUUCCAAAGAUAUUUGUAGAUGAUGGAUCUGAUUUACCAAAAUCUUUAACAUGGUGGUUCUUUGAAACAAUCACUGGUUUAACAGGAGUUCUUUUGCUUCUAACCAUCUCUAUUAUUUACGUAUUUGCGAUGCAGUAUUCAAGGAGAUUUUGCUUUCGUGCAUUCUGGAUAACCCACCAUUUAUACACGGUGCUCUAUAUCCUUACCAUACUUCAUGGAAGUCUCGGGAUUGUCCAAGCUCCAGUCUUCCAUUUCUACCUCGUUGUUCCUGUUGUGAUUUUCCUUAUUGACAAGAUGAUCACCAUCAGCAGAUCAAAGGUUCAAAUCACAGUCAUCAAAGCUGAGGCUUUACCAUCAGGUGUUCUGAACUUGGUAUUCAAGCGUCCAGUGGCAUUUGAUUACCAAUCAGGUCAAUGGGUUCGGAUUGCAUCUUUGUCUUUGGGAACAAAUGAAUACCAUCCAUUUACACUUACUUCUGCUCCACAUGAGAGAUACCUGUCUCUUCAUAUACGAUCUGUGGGACCAUGGACAAGUAACUUGAGAAAUCUGUAUCAAACUGCCGUUGAACACCAAGGAAAACUUCCAAAUUUAUAUCUUGAUGGACCAUUUGGAGAGGGCCACCAGGAUUGGUAUAAAUAUGAAGUAUCUGUACUGGUUGGAGCUGGUAUCGGUGUAACUCCUUUUGCUUCCAUAUUGAAAGAUAUUGUCAAUCGGACUUCAACAAAGAAAGGAAGUCACAUUCCAUGCAAAAAGAUUUACUUCAUCUGGGUAACACGCACACAAAGACAUUUUGAAUGGCUUACUGAUAUCAUUCGCGAGUUAGAAGAGACAGCAGGAGGGGACCUCGUAUCAACGCAUAUCUACAUUACACAAUUUGCCAAUAAAUACGACCUUAGAACAACCAUGUUGUACAUCUGUGAGAGAUACUUCCAGAAAGUUGCCAACAAAAGUAUGUUCACUGGACUGAAAGCAAUCACACACUUCGGAAGACCACAAUUUGAAGCUUUCUUGGAUUCAUUACAAACAAAGCAUAAAGAGGUGCGAACAUUAGGUGUUUUUAGUUGCGGACCACCUGGGUUAACCAAUGGUGUAGAAGACGCAUGUAGAAACCUAAACAAACUAAACAAAGCAAGAUUCAACCAUUUUUAUGAAAACUUCUGAACACUUUUAAAGCCACAGAAUUCCAGACGAAGAUUCGAAAUCUUUAUGAAGAUAUCUCUUCAAAUAUUUGCGGCUAUUGUUGCAGUAUCAAUAAGCAUUGAGAUUUGAUAGAUUGUGCAUUAAGUGCUAUGUAGUUCUGUAUCUUGUACAAUAUUGCAGUUUGCUUUGCUUUACUAAAUAUACACAAUAUUAGUUUAAC